AUGGCUCAGAGCAUUCUUGCCUCUAUCAGUUUCAGGCGCUUCAGGGCAACAGGCGCCUCUUCAUACAUCGAGAGCGCUAUCGAUCUGCAGAGGCUGGCUUUAAAAUGGCUGGUCCCUACUGCAAGUCACGAGAAACACCGUUAUCUACGCUACCUAGGAUGGUAUAUCUAUCGAAGAUGGGAAUCCUUCGGAGGUUUGGCCAAUCUUGAUGAAGCUAUCUCGGCUCUCGAAGAAUCUAUGAAGCUAUGUCCUACGACGCACAUCGAUAGAGUGAAGGUACUGCAGUAUAUGAUCGCGGUCCUGGAGAACAGAUACUUCAGCUCGGGAAUAUUUGAAGACCUCGAAAAAGCGCUCGACCUCGGGCGGCGAUAUCUUCUCACUGAACGUUCCGAAGGUCGUCGGGAUUUCGCUAUGCUUAACUCCAUCGGAAACAUCCUCGAUCUGCACCACCAACUCACUCUCUUGGAUGGAAACGACAUUGAGGAGUCUAUCAGUCUCCGUCGAAAAGCGCUGGACUGUCUACCACCUCGUUGGGGGAAUCGCUGGUCCUAUCUGGACUCUCUAGGAUUCACUCUGCGCCUCCGAUUCUCCUGGAGCGGUGAAGUAGCUGAUCUGGAGGAAGCGAUAGAAGUGGGACGUCAGGCUGUGGAAGCCGUGCCCGACGAUCAUCCUAGACGGUUUCAUGCUUACAGGAACCUGGCGGAAGCAUUGGUUCUUCGCUUCAAUGACGUUGGAGAUACGCCCGACCUGAACGAAGCACUUCAAUGGGACCGAGAUGCCAUGGCAUCUAUCGCUCCAUCGGAUACGGAAUACAGUGAUGUCGCGCUCGCGGUGGUCUCUCACCGCUGCAUACGGUUCAACGCACUGAGAACCGAGGAGGACUUGGAAGUGUCUAUAUCGCUGUCGCAAGGGCUGUUGAGCUCAUUGCCUGCUGGUGACGUCAACAAACCCGUGGCGGCAUACAGCCUUGCAAAAGCACUCCUGUUGCGAGGUCAGAGCCACAAGGCAAUCGCAGACAUAGAUAGGGCCGUCGAAGUGUUAGGGCAGGUAGCGGACGGACUAUCGCAGCGAAUAGAUGGCCAAGAUUGCACGCGCACACUCGCCGCAUGUCAUUUGGCUCGAUUCCGCAUCUUCCCCAAUACCGAUGAUGCGCUUCACGCAUUACGCAUUACGAUGAAUCAUUUCUCUGCCGUGGGUCGUCGCGAUCGGUAUCAAUGUCACAUUGACGCCGCACAACUGUACCUGGAGCCUGGAACGCCCUACCAAGAUCUUGCUAUCGCAUUACAACACCUGACGGACGCCCUAAUGGAUAACAACAGGGAUGUGCGUACCCGAAUCCAGGACGGUGCCAAUAUAAUGCGGAUAGUAGAGUCCGUCUACGAUAUAUUCGCGGAUGACCAGUCCGUUUCUUCGCAGCUUCUGGAUGUAUAUGUGCUGGUGGUCUCCCUUCUGCCCGGGGCGGCGUUUUUAGGUGUCCACCUCCGCUCCAGAUUGCAUUCUCUUAGCGCGGGUCAGACUGUAGCUCUAAAGGGCGCAUGUCACGCGUUGAACCUCUCGCUGCCCAACAGGGCACUCGAGAUUCUCGAGCAAGGACGCGCAAGUUUCUGGACAAAUGUUUUACAGAUGCGGUCACAAUUCGAUGGGGUCCCCGAUCAGCUUCGUGACCAGCUCACUUCAAUCGCACGGCAGCUGGAUAUUCCUAGCAACGACUUCCACACGCCAGAGGAUCCACGAGUCAUAGAAGCAAAGGCAGCUCAACGAAGGAGGCGCAGUGAAGAGUUCUCCUCAUUGUUGCAUCAAGUCCGCAGCAUACCUGGGAUGGAGCAUUUUCUUCUGCGACACGAUUCUCCUACACUGUCAAAGACGGCGCAACAGGGGCCCGUAGUUGUGCUUGUGUCUAGUACCUUGGGCUGCCACGCCGUUAUUAUCGAGCAAUCUGGUACUGUCGUUGGGGUUCCGCUCACUCAAAUCACAUACACCUGGCUCGUGGAGUCUGGAGCCACCUGGCGGUCGGCCAUGUCAGAAGCGAGGUCCAUGCAGCGUCUCAAACUCUUAAAAAUGAAGAAUCGGAGUUCGGGAUACAACAUGAUAGAUGACAUACUGCGACACUUGUGGAUGAAUGCCGUUCACCCAGUCCUUAAUGCGUUGCACAUCAAGCCAUCAUCUGGAAGACGACGCCCGCGACUAUGGUGGUGCCCUACGGGGCAAUUUAUACACCUACCGAUUCAUGCUGCAGGAUUUGGCACUGAGUGGUGCUCCGAUUUUGUGGUGUCGUCGUACAUACCGACACUUCAAGCUCUGCUGGCAGCACGAGAAACGUAUGAGCCCAUUCAUAAGCAGAAUGUGCGCGCACUGGUCGCAGCAGUACCCCAAUCAUUUACGCACGAAUGGCACGAUCUCCCUUCAACCCGCGAGGAGGCGAGAGUUGUCCAAGCCGCCUUGCCACCAGGGACAUCGCUUACAUCCUUCGACACGGGGAGUGGCGGGACCAGCGCCGCAACGUUGCUUAGAGAGUUACCCCAUGCAAACGUCUUGCACCUCGCGUGCCACGGGUAUCAGGACCAGGAGGACCCACUCCGAAGUGGAUUUGUAAUGCAGGACGAGAUGGUGACCAUCGAAAGACUCAUUCCCACUCCCAUACCUCGGGCUUUCAUGGCAUUUUUGAGUGCCUGCGAAACCGCAAAAGGUGACACGGACCAGCCGGAUCAUGUCGUUCAUCUUGCAGCGACGAUGUUAUUUUCCGGUUUCAAAAGUGUCAUUGCAACACUCUGGUCGAUGGAAGAUAUGGACGGCCCUAUAAUUGCGAAAGUGGUUUACGAGACUAUCUUCGGCGGCGAAUCAGAGAUGAUAAACCCUGAUGACGUCGCGUACGCGCUUGAUACUGCGGUGCAACAGCUGCGCAAGAAGAAUAUUGACCCGAGUCGAUGGGCAUCGUUCAUACAUUUGGGACUUUGA